CAAUCCAGUCGCAGAGAUCGAAGUCGCCGCCAUGGAAACAGCUUCUUCCGCUUCUUCUUCCUCAGGUAUCAGCAAGCUUCUUACUAAGCCCUUGUCAAUGGCGUCACUAGCAACCCACCUCUCUGCCGCCCUCUUCCUCGUCCCCAUCGGCGUUCGUCGGCUCCUCGGUUCUUCCUCCGUUUACCUCAACAACCCAUCUCUUUACCGAUCAAAAAUCUGGUACUUAUCCGAACCCAAAUGGAAGAAUUUCGACUUAUAUUCCCUCCUCCUCCUCCCCCCCAUCGCCGCCUUCUCCGAAAUUUUCCUUUUCAUCGCGUUUUCCGGUAACCCUACUUACAGAUUCGCAUUUUUCCAGCAAUCAGUCGCCAUUUUCUUCUUCUGGGCGCUUGCGAUUCUCAUCAUUUUGCGGGAAAAUCUCGACCCUCUUCUUGUAAGUGAGAGUUUCAUCUUCGUUUUCGCCGGAGUUGCGUUUCUUGUUGAGUAUUCCGUGAUUGGUAAGGGGAUUACUGGUCUUGGUGGUGAUUUGUAUCACAUUUCUGGAGGAUUAACCCUUCUUUGCGCUUGUUCCUGCUUGUUUUUAUCUAUGAAACCGUCUGCAUUUUUCGCUGAAUUUCUACUUUCCUCUGGCUUAACGUUUAAGGGCACAUGGCUGUUUCAAAUUGGCUUGUCUUUGUAUACCGAUGCAUUUUCUUUGAAGGGUUGUCGUGCAAUGUUGGUGUUGCCUGCUACUGGUGACGCUUUUGUACAAUGUGAUCUUGAGGAAGAUGGUCUGAGGGGCAUUGCUUUGAUGGAUCUAAUAUUCAUUGGCCAUGUUGUUUUGGUUUUGAUAUUGGGUUUAGGUUUGAUUGGCUUGUUGUCCAGCAACAGGAAUUUCAGGAUCGGCCAGGGAAGUGGCCCAUUGUUGGCUGAGCUUGGACAGGAGACUGUGUUGAUUCGCUCAGCUCCUGAGAUUGAAACGGAGUGAAGGUGUAGCUACACAUUCUUGACGGUAUUCUUCAUAUCAUUAUGUCAUUAUGUUGAAGAACAAAUGAUUUAUUCAUUCAUGCUUUAGGCCACAGUAAAUGUUUGUAAGUUUCUCUGUUUUUUAAUCUUCUUUUUGAAGUAUUGAUCAAUAGAGAAUUUAGUAGAUUAGUUUACAUC